AUGGAAAAUAAUAAAGAUUUAAACAAUAACCAAAAUAGCAAAGUUAUUCCCAAAAAGAUUCCAAGAUGGACCAGCCAAGUAAAUUAUUACCCACCAUUAUUUAAAGAAUAUGAUACUUCAAAGUCCGAUGGAAACAUAAAUAGCAACAAUAGUAGUUGUCCUAAUCAAAUUAAUAACUCAAAUCCAAAUAUUAAUAAAAAUAAUAACUAUAUAAUGAAUAGAAAAUAUAAUGAAUUAGAAGCAAAUAUUGACUAUACUCUCAGAGGUACUUGUAUCGAAACUUCUGUAAAAUACAACAAUACUAUCAGAGUGAAAGCACUUCAGAUGUUGCAAGAGAAAGAUGUAACCAGCACAACCCAACGUUUUGCCAUGUCAACAAGCACGAGUUCCAAUUCUACCGCCAACAUUCACUAUCAUAUUAAUAUCGUUUCAACACCAAAAAAUUAA